UAGAGUAACGACAGGCUUCAGAGACAUGGGGGGGCGCCCACCAGCAUGACGAAGUAAAGGAUCAAGGAAAGACAGGACAGGACAGGGAGAGCGAAGUCACGUUUCCAGGUCCUCAUCCAACCUAUUUGAGGCUCCCGGCUCGACUCACUCAAUUCUCUCGUCCAUGUCUUUCCCAUAUCCAAGUUCAUCCAUCUCGCUGAUUUUUUCCCUACCAGGGCAAGGGCAUAUCCGAGAGACCGUGCAAUACUGUAAUACCUACUUUUCCCCAUCAAUAAACGUGAUCCUGGAUUCGCUCAUCCUAUUCUUUACUGCACAUCCUUCAGUGCUUUCCCCCCGCCCCCACUAUUUGCUCGAGCCAGGUGCAUCAGUUAGAACCAGAAGUCUUCCGUCAGCCAAGACCAAAUUUCAGCCUACCGAAAACCGAUCAAGGGAAGAGAAAGAUGGCCACCCUUUGAUUGCCUCGUCAUUACUCGUGGCUCGUACACCCUUUGACCUCAGUAGUCUCCCCGUCGGCUUUCAGCUUCUUUAUUCCUUGCACAAUUCUUUUUUGUAUUUUGCACUCCAGCGACAAUCAAGCCGAUUGAUCUACUUGGUCAUGACGCUGGCAAGAGAGUUAAUGCCCUCUAAGCCAGAGGAAAGUCCUCCCGUCGGGUCCGAAGAGACAUUUGUCGGUCCCGAGAAACGGUUUAAACGGUGAGCCGAAAGGUUGAGCUAGUUAGUUGAAAUAAGGGAACUCAACCACGGCAGAAUAGAUUAAAAGUGUGGUGGUGCCUCGACGGACUGGUGUCUAGUCAUCUUUAGCCGGUCAUGUCCGGCGGUUCUCAUUCUACCAAGUUGAAAAGCAAAAGUCGCUACUGCUCUCGGCUGCGGCGUGACCGGCCCACUAAUUUACAGCAUUGGUUGUAGUGAAUACAGUACUAUCAUUUGUGCUUUUCGCUUUUGCUGGGCCUUUACGACCGUUAAACUUG